AUGUCUUUCAAAGUUCCCAACGCCCUGGACAACCUGACUGGAACCGAUGUCACACCAAAGCUUGAGAUCCACGCUAAGGAACCCGAGUCCUUGAAGCUGGGCACGAAGCUGGUUGGUCAAUCCGGGACCCAGUACCAGAUUGAUCAAAUGCUCCAACACAGGACAGAUCCUAUAUUAGCUUGUGUUUACCUGGCCGCUGCUAAAGAUAAAAGGAAAUAUGUCCUCAAGAACAUCUUUCAUACCGAGUUCGAGUACCAGCUUAAUAUGCAAGCACCUCUUAGCGACUGCCCUAACCUACGAGUCGUUAUUGACACCAUUCCCGAGAAACUCCUAUUUGUCUAUAAUUACAGCACUGACCAUCUUCUGAAUCUGGCUAAAAAAGGGAAUCUUUCUGACGCAACAAAGAAGAGGAUAUUGCGGGACGUAUUAGUUGGACUUGCAGAUUUGCAUAACAGAAUAUCUUACACGGUGCCCGACAACAUAUUCGUGGACUAUGAUACGGAGCCUAAUGGCGCUAUUAAGGUAAAACGAGACCAGGUUGGUGAUCUUGAGAUGGGUUCUAUAAUUCCGCCUGGCUUAAACGUCCGCGGUGCCCGAUUGGGCAAUCCAAUGUGGCGUAGCCCUGAGGCCCAUGCUGCUGCCCGUAUUAACUUUCCCUCCGACAUAUUUUCUUUCGGUCUUGUUAGGAUUAUUUUCCGUAUCGAUACAGAAGGAUUAAGUGAAGCGGAGAAGGAAAAACUGAUUGUAAGGCGUCUGCUCUCUUACUUCGCAGAUGGACCGGGACUAGUCGGCCUCUUGGAGCACCUAGAUGACUCGGUUGCUCAGUGGCGCGACCUCGUCCUGGCUACAGUCCCGGAGUUUACAACUACCGACCCAAGGAAACCGUUCUCUAUGUGGGAAGAUGUUGACGAAUGCUUUCGGGAUGUUAUGACGAAGAUGAUGAGUCUAGAUCCUGCGAGAAGGAUCACGGCGAGGGAGGCUCUUGAGCACCCUUGGUUCCAAAAUAUAUAA